AUGUUAUGUUCCCUCAGUGAGGACCACAUGACGUCAAAGCAGAAGAAGGGUCUCAGAGGCUCUAUAGAUGACGUGUUAGGAGAUCUGCUGGGUGGUGAUGAUGAUGAAGGUCCGGUGAAGGUGCGAACGCCAGCGCUCGUGUCCAGCAGACCCUCGGCCGUCCUCACGUCACGCAGCGGGAAGAGGUCGCUGCUGGACGAUGAUUUCUUCAGUAAACUGGCAGAAGAGGCUGAGAAAGAUGAGGAGGUGUCUGAUGUUUCUGAGGCCGAUCCUGCCGCUCUGCUGGACAGCAUGAAGGACAUAGACGACAUGGAUGCGGAUCUGUUCAGCUCGAAGAAGAAGCCGAGCUCAGCUCCGGUCCAGAGGAAAGAAGUGAAAGGAGGAGAUAAGAGCAAAGCCACAGAGGAAACGGUGAAAAAGCCCAGUUCGGCUCCGGCAUCCACCGCGAGAGCUUACAAGAAGUUCAGCUUUCUGGAUGAUGAAGGUGGGGGUGUUGAUCCUCCUCUUCCUCCUCCUCCUCCUGAUGAUGAAGGUAACAUGGACGGUUCGUUGGAUGAUUUACUGGACGAUCUGGAAGACAAGCAGAAGACGAUGAAGAAAAGCGAGCCGCCGCGCUCUUCCUCACCCGUCGCUGCUCAGAAAACAGAGAGGAAGAGGGACGAGCUGACGUUCGAUGAUGAGGAUGAUCUGAUGGACGCUCUGGGCUUCAGAGAAACACACAAAUCAAAUGGAAACGCACCGACAGUGAAGAAAGAGAGCGAUCCUCCUCUGAGAGCUCGCACCAAACUGGACGAGAUCUUGGGCCGAGGGACGUCUCCUCGUCUGCUGGAGAGACCCGUGACGGGAGAGAAGAGCUCGACGGGGAGAGCCCCUCUGGUGGACGAGGAGGACUUCACCUUCGGCUCGUAUCAGCCCACGAUGGCUUCGACUCCAGAGGGACGUCAGUCCCGGAGACAGUCUGUCAGAUUCUCGACUGAAGACGUGAGCGCUCACUCGCCCGAACACAAACCCAAACCCUCGUCACGUGCCGUCCGGCCCCGAUCGGACUGGCUCGGCCUGAAGCGGGAGGAGGAAGAGGAACAGAUGAAGGAGGAACCCAAACAACCUAUCCCAGAGGCCCUGAAGACUCCAGCGUCUCCAUCAUCACCGGCUGGAGAGGAGACGCCCGCACCCGCGUCUCCUAAAGCCAUCUCGAGAGACCAGGACUGGCUCUCUGGAGCGCUGAGCCGCAGGAAAACACAGCCCGUCAGCCAAUCAGAGGCGAGAGAGAGCAAACAGGAAGUGACGUCGGGUCCGGCUGAGGAAGUGGACGUGGUUCUCAGCUCUAAACCAAACGCCUCUUCAGCCUCACGAAGACGAGCAGACGAGCCUCCCGUCCCGAACACAGAGCACAGCAGAGAGUCCACUGGCAUCUCUAUCCAACACAACUCAAGCACAGAAACGCAACAUAAACCUGCGUCUGUUGUUUCAGUGUUUGCACCAGCGGAGGACCUGUGUCCUGCUGCACCUGUGACCCAAACACACACACCUCUGCCUGCAGACAACCUACAGCAGCUGCUGUUACAGCAACAGUUGGCUCAGUCUCAUCUGUGGGGUUUGAGCGGCUCUCUGGACGUGAACGCACACAGACACAGAACAGACACGGACCAUCAGCACGCAGAAGUGACAACACUGCAGAAACGCAUCAUUCAGCUGGAGGCACAGGUGAGGAGCUCACAGCUGGAGAGAGAUCAGAAUCAGAUGCUGUUAGAAAGUGUCCAGCAGAGGCACAAACAAGACACUGAGAUCAUGGAGAACAUGCACAGAGCGCGUGUGAAGCUGCUGGAGGAAUCGUCUGCUCAGCGAGAGUUGCGCUCGCGUCAGGAGAACGAGGAUCUGGCGGAGAGACUGGCGGCCGUCACACGUGUGGCGGAGCAGGAGCGAGUCGAGAUUCAGAACCAGCACCAGCGCAGACUCACACAGAGCCAACAGGACCGAGACCGAGAGGUGGAGAGACUCCGAGACCUGCAGAGGAAGUCCAUCCUGGAGAUGAAGAGAGAUCACGAAGAGCAGAUCCAGCACCUAAAGAAGCUGAAGGACGAGGAGAUCGACGCCGUGACCAGCGCCACGUCCCAGACCAGGUCUCUGACGGCCGUCAUCGAGCAGAUGGAGCUGUUCUCCCGCAGGCUGGGCGACCUGUCGUCUCGUGUGGAGAGUUCACAUGAGCACACGGCUCAGGGGCUCGAGCUCGGAGCCAGACAGAGAGACCAGCAGCUCAGAGUGCUGCAGGAGCGUUUGAGUCAGCAGCAGCGCGAGAUGAGCGACGAGAGGUCACGGCUCAAAGAGGUCAUCGCCAAGAUGGACACACAGCUGGGCGAGCAGCAGAGACAGCUGGAGAAGGAGCGCUGGCGUGUGACGUCAGAACAGGCCAAAGCAGAAUCCUCUCUGAGAGGACUGGAGGAGGAGAGACGGACCAUGAUGCAACACUUCAGCAUGGAGAGAGAGGAGCUGGAGAGGGCAAAGAGCGCUCUGCUGGAGGAGCAGCAGUCCGUCAUGACACACUGCGCUGAAGAGCGCCGGAAACUGGCGGCCGAGUGGAGCCGGUUCCACACGCAGGAGAAGCUUCGACAGGAGCGGGUCGAGAGAGAGGCCAGCCGCCUCAUGGAGAGAGACGCGCACAGAGAGGGAUCCAUCCUCAGCAUGGCACAGGAGCAGGCGGAUCUGAAGCUGCGCGCCGGAGAGCUGAAGCAGAAGGAGGAGUCGCUGCAGAGAGAGAGAGACGGUGUGGAGACACAGAGGCAGGAGCUGGACAGAGAGAAGGAGAAGCUGAGCGCCACGGCCCUGCGGCUCAAGACACGCGCUCAGGAAGUGGAGGCGUUCAGCAAGCUGGCGUCCGAGCGCUUCGAGGAGGGAGAGCGAGCGCUGAGAGAGGCCAGACAGCUGGAGGCCGGACAUCAGGCCAGACUGCGCAGCAUUCAUGCACAGCUGGAGCGCCUCCGGCAGCAGGAGCACAGCUUACAGCAGGAGCGCUUGAGGAUGACGGAUCAUCACAGAGACAUAGAGCGACUGAGACACACUCUUCCUGUCAAUCCAGUGACGUCAGCGCCUCUCAUCGCAGAUUUCUCUCCAGCGCUGGCCAGCACACACCUGAACGCCGCUGUCGACCCGCUGCCCGCCGAACUACACGCCCGACUCGCCCUCAUCAAACACACCGCUGAGAAGGACAGAGACUUCCUGCAGGAGGAGCAAUACUUCCUGGACACUCUGAAGAAAACAUCAUUCAACACAUGACAGGAGGCGUUUUCAUAUCUUUCUACAAUGUUUAUUCUCAUCAAAUAAAGCAGAUUUCAGUUA